GGUGCACUCUUGCAAAUGGACUUUAGAUCAGAACAAGAACGUGCGCGACGGCCGGACGAGACAGAACGACAUUACGAACCCGCAGAAGAAGAUGUCAAUCGCGAGCGUGUAGUAGAGACCGCAGUGCCUACGAAUUCCUCUUCCGCACUUCGCCUUCAGGAAUCUCACGAAAAGCACCAUGUCCAUGAUGAUGAUGAUAAUGAUGUUGACGACGACUCAUCCGAUACCUCUAGCGUCUUUUCCGAGGGGCGCCACACCGAAGGCCCCCCAAGCCUACGACGAAAUAGUGUAGGCAGUCCUGGUAUUCUCUCGCGUACCACCAGCCGCAACGUCGAACGUGUGCAAACGACCGCGUCGACCGUCUUAUCAACGAUUCGAUCCCGAGUCCCACGAGCACCCUUCACGCAUCCCCUGACGCACCAGAAAACUUCUACGGAUGUCUUGGUCGAUUUCGAUGGACCGGACGAUCCGUAUCGUCCUGCGAACUGGCCCUUUCGGAAAAAAGCCGUCACGACAGUCUUGUAUGGCUUCACGGCCAUGGGCGCGACCUUUGCGUCGUCUGUGUACAGUUCGGCGGUGAAUGAAAUUUCCGAAGAAUUUCACAUUGGAUCGACCGUGUCCACGUUGGGAGUGUCGUUGUUUCUCGUCGGGUUUGGCAUUGGACCUUUGUUUUGGGCGCCGUUGUCUGAGGUUUAUGGGCGCAAACGGACGGUGUUGGUGCCGUAUUUCAUCUCGGCCAUGUUUGCGUUUGGAGGCGGUGCGGCAGAAGAUGUGCAGGCGUUGAUGAUUUGUCGGUUUUGGCAGGGGAUUUUUGGGAGUGCACCGGUCACGAAUACGGGUGGCGUGUUGGGGGAUAUUUGGUCGGCGGAGCAGAGAGGUGCGGCUAUGGUUGGUUAUGCGAUGGCGGUGGUGGGUGGACCGACGAUUGGGCCGAUUAUUGGUGGUGCGUUUAUCGUGAGCGGAGUAGGGUGGCGGUGGACACAGUAUUUCACGGGGAUUCUCAUGAUGCUGUUUUUGGUGCUGGACGUCCUGAUUCUCGAUGAGAGCUACGCGCCGCAACUGCUCGUGAUCAAGGCUCGAAAGCUGCGCCAUGAGAGUGGCAAUUGGGCCUUACACGCCAAGCACGAGGAAUGGGAUAUCUCGCUCGCGGAGCUGGGCAACAAAUAUCUCAUCCGACCCUUCCAACUUCUCGCCACUCCCAUUUGCGCUCUCAUGGCCUUGUACGCCUCCUUUUGCUACGGCAUCCUCUACGCCUCGCUCGCGGCUUUUCCCAUAGAAUUCCAAGAAACCCGCGGCUGGAACGAUCUCGUGGGCUCCCUCCCCUUUUUGGCCAUGUUAAUCGGAAUCUGCAUCGGCGCGGGAGGAAACUAUCUCAAUCAACAAUUCUACAUCCAACGUCUCAAAGCCAACCACUACCGACCCGUCCCCGAAGCCCGUCUCCCACCCAUGAUGGCCGGCUCCAUCCUCUUCGCCGCGGGCCUCUUCACUUUUGCAUGGUCUUCAGCACCACACAUUCAUUGGAUCGUACCGUGCAUCGGCAUCGCACUCGAAGGGAUUGGAUUUUUCACGAUUUUCCAAGCUGCAUUGAAUUAUCUCAUUGAUACCUUUCAGCGCUAUGCGGCCAGUGCCGUCGCGGCGAAUACGGCUUUGCGGAGUGGACUCGCGGCGGCUUUUCCGUUGUUUAUUUCUCCCAUGUUGCAUCAUAUGGGCAUUGAUUGGGGAGUGAGUGUUUUUGGAUUUUGUGCUGUUGCUAUGAUUCCUAUUCCGUUUGCGUUUUAUCGGUUUGGGAGACGGGUUAGAGCGAGGGGUGCGUGGAGUCGGGAGAGUGUUUAUCCGAUUGGGGAGGAUGAGGGGGAGAAGGGUGGAGGUAAUAGUGAGGAUGAGGGGGGCAAGAAGAUGAAGAAGAAGAAGACGAAGCUGGAUGUGUGAAAAGGAAAGAACAAGAGAGAUAUCGACAGUGUGAUUUUUUUAAGCGUAGUAGACGGACUGAGAAACAGACUGACUGCC